AUGGCGAAGCCAGCCACUUACACUGGCAUCCGAAAGUUUGCUUUGGAAGCUUAUGAGCAAUCGAGGAAGGAAGCCAAUGCAGUCGGCAAUGACCCCGAUGCCAAAAACGAGGAUGAUACGCCACGCUCAAUAGUCGACCGUCUGGCGCUUCAACGCAAGCUUGGCACGAUGGACGACCUCGACAUAGCCUCAGAGUGCGCGGAUCACUUUCUGGCUGGCAUCGACACCACAAGUGACACGCUCAUGUACCUCAUUUGGGCACUAUCACGCAAAGAGAAUCGCGUAUUCCAGAAUAAGCUGAGAAAUGAAGUCCUUAACUUAUCCCCGGACUCCCUCAAUGAGCACGGGUUGCCAAGCGCCGAGGCGAGCGACAAAUGCCAGUACCUCAACGCCAUCAUCAAAGAGACUCUGAGAUUGUACGCUCCUUUACCCGCUUCUGAGCCUCGAUCACUAGACACCGAGUCAGAUAUCGACGGCUACAAGAUUCCGGCGCAUGUCACCGUCAGCAUGUCGCCCUAUAGUCUUCACCGCAACCCGGAAGUAUUUGAACAGCCUCUGAGAUUCAAUCCCGAUCGAUGGCUUGGACCUAAAGCGGCAGAGAUGAACCGCUGGUUUUGGGCUUUCUCCAGCGGCGGCCGGAUGUGUAUCGGCUUGCAUCUCGCAAUGGCCGAAAUGACGACCUUAGUAGCUGCAAUAUACCGCACGUACACGACCUCGGUUUCCCCCGAAUUCAACGAUUUCAGUCCUGGAAUUACGUCUCGGUUUGAAUUGUUCUUUGACGACCAGUUCACCAAAGUCAUGGUACGAUCACGAGCUUCCUGA